AUGUCGUCACUUUGUCACAUACGGAGUAUAACGAGGAUUAUCACCAACAGGUCGCUGGGGGGGGGGUGGUGGUGGUGGUGGCGACAGAAACCAAACCCGACGGACGGCGAAGAAAUCCGAAACAAAAACUUAGAACCUCUGGGGCAAAAGCCAUCUCAUACUUGCCCGUAUUACUCUGUACUCGCAUGCGCUGGCCGUGACAGCCAGCUGGAAGGACGACGUGGAGGCCUGGCAGGUGACCGUGCUGGUCCCGUGCCCACGACGGCUCCUUCCGCAAUCUCUGCAAACUCGGCAAUUACGCCUCCAAACGGCGGUCAGGCAGAUGAAUGGCCGGAUUCUCUCUUCUGGAUCCGCUCUCGUAGUCCUCGACUCUCAUGUAGUCUCUCAUGUCCCCAAGUCACAAACCCCUCCGAUAAGCUCCUGCGUUCAGGUGACAGGCUGGGCCGGGACGGAGAGCCUGAGGGCGUCUGGUCAUUGGCUCCAGGAAACGCUACUUCUUCCACUCUGAGGCCCGAAUCCACUCUAUGCAGACUAGGCUUCAGCCAGGCUGAAGAGCAGCUCUUCGUAUUCGACCUGGCAAACCACCCUUCGCCGUAUAUACCCACCUCCGUCGCCCCCGACCGCCCCGACUCCCCUAUCACCCCCGGUUCUGCUGUUCCAUCCUCCGCAGAUAAUCUGCCUCAUCAGCGUCCAGAGAGCCGCAACAGUCACCCGGGUUCGAGUUCGGAUCAAACAGUUACCUCAGUGACUCCUUCGCACUCCCGUCGCCGUCGCCGCAGCGAAACGUCCUCCCAGGAUCCAUCGGAUAGCAGUACGACCGGAGAAGGGAGUUCUGGCCGGGGGCAAUCUGCCAGUCACAGGACAUCGGCAGAUCAUCACAGCGUUCAACAACACGGCCGAUCUGAAGGCCACCCUCCGUCUCCCAAGCGCAGGCGCCUGGCAAAUAUGCGUUCCGAUGGUGGUGCAUCAGCGGCGAGAGCAAACGGCCGGUCCGACAUCUCAAAUGGCUUGGCCACGUCGCCCCGGAGGAAAGCUGCCAUCUCUGGCUCGUUGAACGGGUCACAUUCGACGUCAAACGGACAGUCGCAGACGAAUGGAUCCGUCAAAUCGCCCGCCCCGACGUACUUUGGCCACGAUCGAGAGGAAGUGACGAGGAUCUUGAUUCAAAGUUUAUACGAUUUAGGUUACCAUGGUGCUGCGGCCACGUUAAGUCAAGAAAGUGGCUACGAGUUGGAAAGUCCGGCCGUUGCAGCCUUCAGGAGUGCUGUGCUUGAGGGACACUGGGCGGAGGCAGAACAAAUAUUGCUAGAAUCGUUCCGUCCCGACGGUGGUGGUGACGGAGAUAAUGCUUCUUCGAGUUGGAACAGGUUGGCACUGGUGGAGAACGCAAAUAAGAAUGAAAUGCUGUUUUGUCUCCGGCAACAAAAGUUUUUGGAGUUGUUGGAGGCCCGGGAUGUCGGAGCAGCCUUGAUGGUCCUCCGACAGGAACUGACCCCUCUGAACUACAACAUCCCCCAACUGCAUGCUCUUUCGAGUCUUCUAAUGUGUCCUCCGGAGCUCCUGCGGGAGCAAGCUGGCUGGGAUGGAUCCAUCCAGCAGUCCAGAGAACGGCUGUUAUCUGAACUUUCAAGUGAGGUUCCCCCGGUUACAUUUGAGGCUCCGCCGUCCCUAUAUUCCGACCACGUGUGCGAUCGAAGCGACUUCCCGCUCCAGCCGACGAUAGAGCUCACUCGGCAUUCGGAUGAAAUCUGGUAUGUGGAGUUUUCGCAUGACGGAUCCAAGUUGGCAACGGCCAGCAAAGACCGCAGCGUCAUCAUAUACGACACCUCCACAUUCUCCGUAAUCCACAAAUUUUUGGAACACGAUGAGCCGGUCGCCUACGCAACUUGGAGUCCAGACGAUUCCAAGGUGAUCACGUGUUCUCAAGAUAAAAAAGCCAAAGUCUGGGACAUCGAGACCGGGCGCUGUCUCCUGACCAUUAAUAAUCACCGAGAACCGGUUACGGCAGCGGCAUGGGCUGCGGACGGCCAGUCGUUCGUAACCGCUUCUCUGGACGAUAAGUCGCAGCUGUGCCACUGGAGCAUGCAGGGUCACAUGUUACAUACGUGGCCGGGAGGUUUUAGGGUCCAGGACUGUGCCAUCACGCCAGACGGGACACGGUUAAUCGCUGCCGAUGAGAAGGGUAAACUUCAUGUCUACAACCUUGCAACAUAUGCGGAAGAAUAUUGUCUCCCGUUGAAGAGCAAGUCCACCUCCGUCACCGUCAGUCGAGACUCGAGGUACAUGCUGGUGAAUCUGGCCGAGGGUCAAAUACAACUGAUCGAUAUCGAGACAACGGACGUGGUCCGUCGCUUCCAGGGUCAAAAGCAAGGAGAAUUCGUGAUCCGCAGUACAUUCGGAGGCGCUACGGAGAACUUUGUCGUUAGCGGUAGUGAAGACUCCCGCAUCUACAUUUGGCAUAAAGAGAACAGCAAUCUCGUGGAGGCCUUGGAAGGUCAUAUCUCUGGGUGUGUCAAUGCCGUGUCCUGGAAUCCUGCUGAUCCGGGCAUGUUUGCAUCGGCGGGGGAUGACUAUAUUGUGCGAAUCUGGACUCGAGACCCUCCCAACGCUGCUGCAGCCCAGGGGAAACGGAGAAUACCGUCGUCUAAUAUGAUGGCACGCACGAGCGCACUCCGGUCGACGACAAGUCUUUAA